CUUUCUCUCUGGAGUCUGGACCGUUUUCUUCUCAAGCACACUGCCACUCUCUUCUUCCCCCCACUGCUCUCUCUCCGGCUCGUUUGUUGGCAUUCGACCAUAGCCUUGCCAUAACAGCCCUCUUCUUUCUUUUGGGUACUUUUUGAAUUUCAUAACUUGAAAUUUCACGUGUGGAAGAAGGCCAAAGCAGAGUAACCCAAGAACCAAUACUGCAGGAGCCAAGAAGAAGAAGAGUGGUGAAAGAAUGUUCUACUCGCAAUGCUUCCUGUCAAGAGAAGGGCCGCUAGGUUCGAUUUGGGUGGCGGCUUACUGCUACAAAAAGCUCAAGAAAUCCCAAGUCACCCACACUGACAUCUCCUCCUCUGUUGACAAAGUGUUGCAAGAUGAGUUUGAUGAUGCCGUUGCCUAUAGAGUGCUGGCCUACUUUCUUCUUGGGAUUGCCAGGAUAUACUCCAAGAAGGUUGACUAUCUCUUCAACGACUGCAACAAGGUGCUUGCUAAGGUCAAGGAAUUUGUUGCUGCUACUGGUAAUAGUAGUGACAUUGCCCUCGUGGCGCUUACAUCCCCUUGUUUCGGUGCCAUUACCCUCCCCGAAAGGUUCGAACUUGAUGCUUUUGACUUGGGAAUCCUGGAAGAUACUGGUAGUGGGUGCAAUGUGUUGCCUCUAGAAGAAAUCACACUUGGAGAUGGUACGAGGAGACAUGGGAGAUCCGAGUACCUUGCUAGAGAGAAGUAUCACUGCAUGGAUCUUGUUCCCCUGGAGGAUAGAUUUCCUGCCGCCGGGUUCCAUCUGAAUGAAGACAUGUUGGCAGUUGAGAGGGUGGCAGGUACAUCAAGUGAACCAGAGAACUUGAAAGCAACUUUUGAACCUGAUGAUACCCCACACCAAGAUUGGUGCGAACAUUCUGUAGAACGUGAAAUGUUAACAUCUAGGAUUCCGGAAGAUCAUUUACCAGAAGUCGGAACCUCACAUUCGCAAGUUUGUCAACCUGAAGAUAUUGGAGAGUCUAAUAUAAUCUGUAUGCAGAAGGUAUGGGAUGAUGAUUACUUUGAAGCAUUAUCCCUCAAUAUUGGAAUGUCUCUUGGAAUCGAAAUAAAACGUGGUGAUGUUGUUGAGCUAGCUGCCGAACUUCAUCAAACUGAAGGGAAGCAUUCAGAUGUGUCGCCUGUUACCGAGGCACAGGAUGGUAUCUCUCAGGACAAUACUUUGGUAUAUGAAAUGUCUUCUGAAGUUGAGGUGCAUUGUUUAGAUGUGCCACAUAUUGCCAAGUUGGUAAACGAGAUGAAUCAUGGUGAUGUGAGUGUACUAGAAACAAAUGUUGAGCAAUUUCAAGACAAUGCAUCUCUGCAGGGCCAAUCUGUCGAUUAUGAAAUGUUCAAUGCAGCUGAGAAACCCCUCGAGGAUGCUGAAAAUGUUGUUUCUGUGGAAACGACACCAUCAAGAUGUGUGAAGCAACAGUUUGGGCUAGUAUAUCAUAGGAGAGCAAAGAAAGGAAAGGUUCCAGAUGAGCCUGAACCGACUGAAGCUAGCGUAGAGAAACUGCAAGAUUGUAGAUUAUCUCAGGAGAAAGUUUUGAACUUUGAAAUAUUCUUCCCAGUUCAAGAACAACUUGAAUGUACUACGCCAUGUGUUAAAGAGAAUCACAGUGCAGCAGAACGCAUCAAGUUGAUCGAAGAAAUACCAUCCGCAAAUACUCAGUCUUGGGUGGCCAGAGAUGCUUGUCAUUUAUCAGUGACAGUUGACAGUACUCCUGAAUCUCAAUUUCCCAACACUUCAGGAAUGAAUAGAACGCCAGAGGUUUUGGUUAUUCCUACUCCAGCAGCUAAGGAGCGUGCUCCAACUCAAAGAAAGAGGAAGUGCAUCUUCGAUGAUAUCAUUGUGUUUCCAAAUGACAUAGUUAAGAGAAGCAUACAAGAUCCGAGUGACUUGGUUUCUAAAAGAAGAAAGGUUCCUCAUACUGGUCUUGCUGCCUGGAAGGCUUAUCGACUUCUCGAUCUGCAUCAGUGUUUAAUGGAACCCUUGAUUCCUUGUUCACCUUUGGGGACUGGAUCGAAGAUUCCUUUUGACAAACGAUCGAAGAUUCCUGAGGCUAUUAAGACAUGUACUACCCCGAAAGAGUCGUUAUCUAGAUCGAAAUGCUCCGCUGGUCAGUCUAGUACUGUGAAACCUUCAGGCAAUUCAGGAUCUCUUAAUGAUGGUAUACCAGUUGAAGUUGUGGAAACUCAGCACAGUUUAGAGGAUUCUCGCCAUCUAGCUGUUGGUGAAUUAGUAGUAGAUCCUCCAGCGAAGUUAGAUGAUAAUGAACCUGAAAAUGAUACUGUUGGAAUCUCAGACCAGACAGUGAUUUCUCCUGAGACACCACUUCGUUCAUCAGCUCAACCAAUGAAGCUAAACAUACCGGAGUCUGGAAAUGACUCGAUGGAACAUACUGUUAUCGCUCCUGAGACACCUGUUCAGUGCACAACAGCAUUCAGAUCUUUCGAAAGCCCUGAGAGGCCUGAUGCUUGCAACACGGAUUUCAUUGGUCCAUCAUUCAGCCAUUUUGAGGAAGAGACCGACUCGAGAAAGGAUCAAGAAACUGAUUUUCAUUACAUGAACAAGGAUAUAAUGAUCGAAGAUGAAGACCAUGAGAUUGAUGGAUGGUCGGAAAGAACCAGGUAUGAUAAAAGUAAUGCUUGGGAGAGUAUAUACUGGGUUUGUUUCAGCUUUAAAAAAAUGAAGUAAAAGAAACACACCCUAGAAUGCUGUGGAUCACUAUUUACUUCGAUGGCCCUCUCUUGUGUUUAACUUGGCUUGAGGUCUUAUAUUGCAGGGUGGCAACCAGGCUCCUGCAGAGUACAUUCAUAGAGAAACAACGUAAAGGGGAGGAGGAAGUAGUGAACCUGCUGCAACUCCUGGAAGGAAGGACAAAGAAAGAAAGUGUGAGGCUCUUCUACGAGAUACUGGUGCUCAAAUGUAAAGGGCUCGUGGAUGUGAAGCAAGAGAGUGGGUAUGGGGAAAUCCUUGUGCAGAAGCCCUCUUCAAUGGAGUCGUGAUCUGUUCAAGGGUUCUCGGGUUUUGGUUUGGUGUUCCAUACACUCUAUGGCUACACGGAUAGAGACGACGAGUUGCAACUCCGAAAAACGAGUAGGACUUAGCUGUAUGAAACUUGAAUAGGAGGAGAGGCUUGGUGUAGGGAAUAGUUAGGAAUCCAGGAUGUAGCUUGUUUCUGUAAAUGAUACAUGAAAACAUUUAUGAAUGUAUGCAGCUAGUAUAUUGAUAUUCUUGAUUACUUCUACAGUUCAACUUUCUUAACCUCUUGUUGCAUUCUACAUUAUCAUUUCAUGUCUUCAAUAAUGUGGCU